GCGAAGAAGAAGGCCCGACUGGGGACCGAGCAGUUCGCUAUGAUUUCGCCUCCUCGAGGGCGUUUUCUGCUUCAUGUCGUCGUGGUGGUCUUGGUACCGAGCCCGGGCAACGGACAGCUGCAUCCGAAAAAUCCGACGAUCUACAAGAUGGUGUCGCUCAACCAGAACUGUGGCACGCGGUUCGGCAACGGGUCGCUGAACAACGCCACCGAGCCACUCUCGUCGGCCAUCGUGACGGCGACGCAGUUCCGCGACCGCCGGGCGGCCACCACCGACGGCUGCAGCACGGAGAUCGGGGCCUCGUCCAGCGAGAGCAUGAUCGUCUCCCUCGUCGAGAUGAACCUGCGACAGGGACUGCUCAACGACUCCUGCAUAGACUACGUCAACAUCAUCACGCGGUUUACCAGCGCCAACGAUCCGGACCAGCAGUGUGGGCGCAUCCGGGAGAGCGAGAACAAGGCAUUCAGCACCUCGUACACCCUGAGCAUCAAACUCUUCUCGAGGACACCGCUGUCGUAUUUCUUCGACGGAAACAUACUAGCCGUCGUUGUCACCGCCGCGAAUGAACCUGUCAAUGGACGGUGCUCCCUGAACCAGUUCCUGUGCGUCGCUGAAAAUAAGUGCAUCUACGAAGGCUACCGGUGCGAUAACAUCAACAACUGCGGCGACAACAGCGACGAAUACAAGCUGGGCACAUCGACAUGCUUCAUGCCGCAGAGCUCUCUCCUGCUAAUCUCAUUCGGCGUAAUCAACCUCAUCAUCACUUGGCUGUCUGUGUUUUACUGCUGCGUGAAAAGCGCCUUGUCUAGAAAGAAGGCCCUGCGGGACGACCGCUUCGGCUCGGCCACGCCACCCAUGGGCACCGGCUCAGUCAGCGGUGGUGACGGUGCCACGGCGCAGGACGUGUCCGCCGAUGACGACGGCUCGCCAGACAUGAUGACCUCGGGGCCUCUGAGAUCAGAGGGAGCCAGCAGGGCCGGCGGCAGCUCUAUCCGAGACCCCCUUGUGGCGUCGGUCAAGAAGAGGGACCGUGACGACACUUCCUCGGUGGGCGCCAACUGACGUACACCUGCCGGGCCCAGAACGCAGCGCCGGCUAUUCACCCGCCCCGGCCACCUGGUGCUUGAAAUGAACUGCCGCCGCCUUUGAGCUUGUGCGAGACAUUCGCCUUACGUCAGCUUUUUCUUUCUACCCGCGCGUUCAUUGGUCACAUUAAGCAUCCAUCCCUGUGUUAGCUGCGCUAAAUGUGGGGCAUGGUCAAUGGUCGCAACCAAAUGAUUUUUUAUUGCGUGUAUUCGAUUAACGACAUUUCCCUUUUCUUAACACGAACGUUUCUGGUUAUACACAGGGUACUUCACUAUAGCAUACAGUGUUUCUGGUUAUUGAGCUGUUAAGCGAAGGGCGAUAAAAGCAAGAACAAAGACCGGGCGUACGUUUUGGGUGAUUA